UUGAAUCAUCCAAAAUAAAUUAAAAAAAAUGUUCAACAUUCACCAAUCAAAUGUCGUGAUAUUUUUGUUGUUGUUGGUAUUAUCAUCAUUUUAUAAAAAUGGUUCUACACAAUCAUCAUUAAAUUUGAAUGAAACAUCAUCGACAACAAAUCAAUUUCGAUUACCAACACCAGCACCAACACCAAUAUUAUCACAACCAUUAUUAAAAUCGAAUGCAAUUGAAUAUUUUCAAUGGUUAUUACAAAAAGCAUUACCAUUUAAUUUGAAUCAUGAACAAACAAAAAUAUUUUUAAUUGCUCCGGCAAAUAAUUCCGGUAUAAAUAAUUCAAAUUUAUCAACAUCACAACAACAACAACAACAAACAUCAACAAAUAUUGAAAAUGAUAAUAUUAUUUUUACCGGUAUCAGUCAACCGAUUGAACGAAGAAAAUCUUAUUAUUUUCUAAUUCCAAAUGAACAGCUUAAUGGUCGAAGUGCAUCAGAACAAUUGAUCACUGAACCACAAAUUGUAUCGGAUCCAAUAGCAACACAAAACUAUUCAUCAGAAAUUUUCGACAAUAGUUUGUCGCAAAAUUUUACCAAUUUCAAUCAAUCAAAUAAUUUCUCUUUGUUAACCGAAGAAAGUCGUACAAGUGGUAAUGAUUCACAUUCCAUAUCGAAUCCAUUUGCAUCAUCACCAUAUCGUAGUUCUAACGAUGUUAUUGAAAGUUUAAUUAAAAAUAUAUUCAGUGAUUUAACUCUUCAAUCGUUACCACCAGAAGAUGUUUUAUUUGGUAAACUUCCAGAACGUGAUUCGAAAGUAGAUCUUGAUCCAGCUAUAAUAUUUGGAAAUAUUACACAAUCAGAUCAACGAUCAUCAAUCGAACUUAAUCAAUCACCACCACAAAAUGAACUUGCAUCACAGUUCCAAUCGCAACCUUCACCACAAUUACAGCCCCAAUUCGAAUCACAGUUCCAAUCGCAACCUUCACCGCAAUUACAGCCACAAUUUGAAUCACAGUUCCAAGCUCAGCCCUUACCGCAAUUACAACCACCGCCUGCACCAAAGUUUCAAGAUCAACCCUUACCGCAAUUGCAACCACCGCCUGCACCACAGUUUCAAGAUCAACCCUUACCGCAAUUACAGCCGCGACCUUUAAAACAGUUUCAACUGAAACCUACACCGCAGUUAGAACCACCAUCACCACCACCAACAUCAUCACUGCAAUUACAAACAGUCAAUUUUCGCCAACCACCAACAACUCCAUUAUUUACAAACUAUAGCCUUGAAAAUUUCAACAAUCAAAUUCUUCGCAAUGAUUUUAAUUUAAAUCAAAGUCGAUUUAUUAACAACAACAACAUCGAUCAAGGUUUAACACGUGAUUUGGCUCCAAAUCAUGGAAAUUACAGCUUUGAUCGAGAAAAUUUUACAUUUGUUCGUAAUGAUAACAAUUUGCCAUCUUCACGACAGCACAGUGGCUUCGCAAACAAUUUCACAAUAAAUCAAAAUUACAAUCUAACCAAUUCGAAUAAUUAUCAGCCACCCACAACUGUUCCAUUGAAUCUAUCAUCAUUUCGAUUUUCAAAGAUUCCUCCUCCUUAUCAAGCUGGUGUUGAAUAUAGUGCACCUGAUGAAAUGCCCGAUCAAGAUAUUACUGAUCAAGAUUUAUUCGUAGAAUUGAAUCGAAUUCAAGAACAACCAUCAUCGUCAGCAGCAUCAUCGUCAGCAGCAAAACCAGCACCAGUAUCCCGAUUUUCUACGACAAAUGUUCCUCAAACAUUUCCCACCUCAUUUAAUAAUGAAAUCGUCGCAACAACAUUACCGAUUAAUUAUGGUCAGCAACAAAAUCAACCAAGAAUGGUAGGAGAAAUUCCAACCAAAACAUUUUUUCCACCAACACCAAUUCCACGUGGACAAACAGUUCAAUUUCAUAGUCAACGAGUAACACAUGUUGCUCCAUCAACAAAAUCAACAUCAAAUUUAUCGUAUCAAAAUUUAAAUACCAGUCGUUAUAAUAAUUUUUUCAAUAAUAAUUUUUAUGCACCAUAUGAUAAUACAAAUUAUUCCAUCUAUAAUUCACCAAUUGUUUCCGGUUCUAAUGAUAAUUAUUAUAAAUAUAAUUUUUCGGGUAAUAAUUUUGUUGAAACAUUUCCAAACAAAUUACAAACAACAAAUCAAUCACCACUUCUACCACCACCACCAACAUCAACAUUAGUGACAAAUUCAUUACCAAACAAACAACAAUUAUCAUCAAGACAUUCAACAGGUUUGUUGUUAACAUCAACAUUUACUGGCAGUAGUUCUAUUUCACAACGAUCAAAACUUCGACCAACACCGAUCAAUAUUAAUAAUAUACCGAGACCACAACCACCACCUACAUUACGAACGAAUGAUGAUAAUAUACCGAUGGUAAUGAUACCAUCGGAUUUGGCCAAUAGACUUGUCAAUAUAAUUUCAUUGCCAAAUUAUAAAUUUUAUCUGGGUAAAAAAAUUCGCUAAAAAAAUGUUUUUUUUCAAGCAAAAAUAUUCAAAAAAAAAAGUUUCAUUAUCAUCAAUAAUCAUCAUCAUCAUUCAUUAAUUAUUUUCUCUUGAUAUUCAUUCACCAAUACUUCAAUACAAUCCGAUUCCAAUUAUCAUUA